CCAGGGCUACAACCACUCUCCUACUAUUUCUCCCCUCCCUCUUUGUCGCUCCAGUAUCUCCCUUCCCUUUGAGUUUAUGAGAUCUCCUCCGUAAACCUGAGCGAGGCAGUCACCGAAAAGAGAGGCGAUACCCUACUGCACAACAUGGCUGCAAUUGUAACCUCUACCAGAUUUACAGACGAAUAUCAGCUGUACGAAGAGCUCGGAAAAGGUGCCUUCUCCGUUGUCCGGCGAUGCAUUAAAAAGUCCAAUGGCCAGGAAUUUGCUGCUAAAAUUAUCAACACAAAAAAACUAUCAGCAAGAGAUCAUCAAAAACUGGAACGAGAGGCCCGCAUCUGUCGCCUGCUUAAACACCCCAACAUAGUACGACUACACGAAAGUAUCUCAGAGGAAGGCUUCCAUUACCUCGUCUUUGACCUUGUCACCGGUGGAGAGCUGUUUGAAGACAUUGUUGCCAGAGAGUAUUACAGUGAGGCUGAUGCCAGCCAGUGCAUCAAUCAGAUCCUGGAGAGUGUCCACCACAUGCACCAGCAUGACAUUGUGCACAGAGACCUCAAGCCAGAGAACCUGCUCCUGGCCAGUAAGCUGAAGGGAGCUGCGGUGAAGUUGGCUGACUUCGGGCUGGCCAUCGAGGUGCAGGGAGACGAGCAGGCAUGGUUCGGUUUUGCAGGCACUCCGGGCUACCUCUCUCCAGAGGUCUUGAGGAAGGACCCCUACGGCAAGCCAGUGGAUAUCUGGGCCUGUGGUGUGGUCCUGUACAUUCUCUUGGUGGGCUACCCUCCCUUCUGGGAUGAGGACCAGCACAAGCUCUAUCAACAGAUCAAGGCUGGGGCCUACGAUUUCCCCUCCCCAGAGUGGGACACAGUGACCCCCGAAGCCAAGAACCUGAUCAACCAGAUGCUGACUAUCAAUCCUGCCAAGAGGAUCACUGCUGACCAGGCUCUCAAGCACCCAUGGGUCUGCCAACGCUCCACUGUGGCGUCCAUGAUGCAUCGUCAAGAGACUGUAGAGUGCCUGCGCAAGUUCAAUGCCAGGAGAAAACUCAAGGGAGCCAUCCUUACCACCAUGCUGGUGACCAGAAACUUCUCAGUGGGCCGACAGCACACCAGCCCUGCGGCCACCACCAGCACGGCUGCUCUGGCUUCAGAAGCAUGCAAAAGUUUACUAAACAAAAAAUCGGAUGGUGGAGUGAAGAAAAGGAAGUCCAGCUCCAGUGUUUGUUUAAUGCCGCAGACAAACAACAAUAAAAACAGUGUAGUGAGCAGUACCAGCAGCACAUCAUCUUCAGCACCAAUGGAACCACAGACCACUGUCGUGCACAACCCAGCUGACGGCACCAAGGGCUCCACAGAGAGCUGUAACACCACAGAAGAGGAGGAUAUGAAAAGUAGAAAAGUGUCUGCGUGCGGGUCUAGCGCGGACAGCGCAAUGGUCAGCCAGUGCAGUGCCAGUGAGGAACAGACCCAGCCCCAGCCCCAGCCCCCUCACUGCCCACCCGCCUCUCGCAAACAAGAGAUCAUCAAGAUUACUGAGCAGCUGAUUGAGGCCAUCAACAACGGAGACUUUGAGGCUUACACGAGAAUCUGUGACCCAGGGCUAACCUCGUUUGAACCCGAGGCUUUGGGAAACCUGGUGGAGGGCAUGGACUUCCACAAAUUCUACUUUGAGAACUUGUUGAGUAAGAACAGUAAGCCGGUCCACACCACCAUCCUUAAUCCCCAUGUGCACCUGAUCGGGGAAGACGCGGCUUGCAUCGCCUACAUCCGCCUGACGCAGUACAUCGACAGCCAGGGACGCCCGCGUUCCUGCCAGUCAGAGGAGACCCGCGUGUGGCACCGCCGCGACGCCAAGUGGCUCAACGUGCAUUUUCACUGUUCAGGAGCGCCUGCCGCACCUCUCCAGUGAACCUUUACCAGACACAGCUUUGCCUGAAUUCUGAAGCCGAUUGGAACAUUUCUUCUCAGCGGUUGGAUUGGCGCCAGGAGCCCGGCCAGAAGAGAAAGCUUGAAGUUUACAAUCCAAGGGGAAAAAAGAAAACAAAAUAAAAUAUUUAAAAGCCGACCGACCGACAACACCACCAUAACCAAUCCAGUCCAACCCUAGCUAGAUGUUGGGGGCCGGCUGGGGCCGAGGCCCUCCCCUCCGGACGGUGCAUGCUUCUGACGCCCAAAGAGCUGUCUUGUCCUUUUUCCAUGGAUCCAUAUUUUUUGCCCAUUGUUUGGAAAGGUGUUUAAAGUAUUAACAUAUGUACAAAAAAUAUGAAAUUAUAAAAAAACAUCACAUUUAAUCAACAGGUAUGGGGGUUAAAAUGAUUAAAGAAAAUAAAUACGCAUUUUCUAAAAACAUAAAUAAAAUAAAAGGAGCACACACCCUAAUAUUAGUGGUGGUUGUUUUUUUGUUUUGUUUCACAAUUAAUCUAGUUUUCUUUCUUUUUUUGGAUGCAAACAAAUGCUAGGAGGGAAAAUGUAAGAAAAUAACUCAAUUAUGUUACUUAGUAUUAGAAUUAAGAACACCAAAGUGUAGACUUUAGGACUCUUUUCUUUAAAUACAUUGUUUUAAUGUAGAUGUAUGUUUUUUUGGGUCAGGUGGGUUUCAGAAGGGACAGUGUUUUAGUAUUCUGAUGUGUUAUUAUGGAACUCUUCAUUUUUAUCCCCAUAAUUAUGCUUAAUUUGAAAGUAUUUUGUGUUUGAAGAGGAUCAUUUUUAAAUGGGGGCUUUAUUUAAUAGAGUAAUGUAUACAUAGAUAUUUAUAAGGCGAAAGGGGAAAGACGCUUUACUUUCAGAGUUUGGGGAAUGGAUGUGUGUGUGAGUGUGAGAGUGAAGGUGUGUUCUCCUGUCCCUAUAGCUCCCUUUUCAGGCUCUUUUGCGGUUUGAGAUCCCCUGUGUAUAUACACACACACUCUCACACAUACGCACGCUCACACAAGGCCCAAACUCCAGGCCCCUGUGCUGUGCCCUUUGGGUCUAUAAACCAGCCUGCUCAUCCAGCUUCAGCCACAAUCUCCUGACCAGCACAACCUGAAGUUGCAGAACAUUACCAUCGGUUUUCAGUGCUGAGUUUGCCAUCUUCCUUUUGGCCUCUAGAGGGCACAUGACACAGUCAAGCCUACUGCUACUAUUCUGACAGAGGCCCCAACCCACAAACUCUGAAAGCUCUGACACCUCUCCCUCAUAUCAUAUCGUUUUCUACUAUGAUUUGAGCAUGUUUGAUCAAAUUUAUUUUUUUGGGGGGGGGGGGUCUAAAAUGGCCUGUACUGUUUUGCACAUACAUUUGAGACUCAAUGCUGUUCUGUUCACUCCCCAGGUGAACGUUUCUGCAACUUCAGGUUAAGCUCACCCACUCCUGGGGUCUCUACCUGUGUUUCUAUAGCGAGUGACCCUGUUAAUCAGCUGUCUAUAUAUUAGCGCCACUCAGUGUGACGAUGAUGUCAACUUUUGCCUAUCUCUUGUUCUGGUCUCCGUCCUGUUCUCGAACAUUGUAUAUUGUCUGUCUUCGCUUGCCGUACCUCUCUUUAAAAUCAUUUGAAAAUUAGAAUGCAGUAAAGUGGGGUGCUGAGUUGGCCCGUGGCUGGCGGUGGCAUGUCAGACCUCUGGCUGGGCAUAGGAUUGGAUGGGACGGGAAGUGGAGGCUGGGUGCUCGGCAGCCACGCUGAAGGCAAUCAAUGGAUUGGUCCCUUUGUCACGGUUUCUGUUGUAACUGUUCUAGAUGUUAGUGUUCUUACUGUUGGUAUUAUUAUGAGUAAUCUGAGUUGUUUCUUUUGAGAUUGGAGCUGUAAAUAUGGAGAGGCAGUUGAGGUCGGGGAUGGGGCUCAAGCUGCUAGCCAAUCACACACCCCACACACAAUGCCACAAUACACAUAUAUGGAAUCAACGCACACACAUACAGUGAACUCCCAAUGCAAAUUAUAUUUGAAUAUAUAUGGACACAGACAAAAAAACAAUCUCACUUUAAAAAACAUAUCUUUGUGAUGAUGGAAACUUGUGUGUGACUUUGUACCGUCAGCGGGGCGAAGCUUGCCGUUUACCCCUUCACUUCUGUGCUAAGCAGCUCCAUAGUACUUGUGUACCAUUGAAUGUGUCGAAGGCCGGGCACUGAAAAAACAACAACCUACCGAUGAGAUAUCAAAAAUUAUAUCAAAACAUGUUGAAUGAAACAUGUUAAAACAAAACUUGUGUGCUGUGUUUUUACCAUGAGUAACGUGGCCCCGCCCACCCUACUGCUUGUGCUGCUGGGUGUUGUGACAUAUCUGCGUUCCCCUUUGCACCAUGAUGCGAUGUAUACAAUACUGAACUAUGUGAUGUUUUUUGGAUCCGAGUAGUUUUCCUGACUGUGCGCUGUGGGCAUUGGCCUCUCUCUCUCCCACCGGGCCUGAUGCUUCCAUUCAUUGUGUGUUCACACAGCCAUGGGAAUGUUCAUGUGAAAGAGUACAACCAUGCAGUGUACUUCAACUCUUAAAAAUAAUUCAAAGGGAAGAAGAGGAGAGAAAUAGUAGUUACUGAGGUAAGGACAGUUAACCUUAGAUUAUACUAUACCUAACUGGCCAGCAGGACAGGGAGAGAGCCUUGAUAUACUUACAAACUAAUACUGAAAAAUAAAUAUUAAAAGACUUUAAUAAAAAUAUAUAUGCAGUUUUACAAGAGGAAGAAAUAUGCAUGUCUACUUUCUGGUAAUAUUUUUUACUGUCUGUGUUUACUUGAUUAAGAAAUGGAAAUCUAUAUAUGUUACUUGCAUCUUCAAGGUCAAUGAAAAUGGCUCCGUCUCAAAUAUUGAAAUUAAGUGAUGUAUCACGUUUUUAAAAACUAAAAAAAAAAGCCUUAGCUUGGUAUGUUUCCCUUUAUUUGUAAAUGUACUGCAUUGUAACCAUAUAGUAAGGGGCUACAUAUGACUAUACUCGGAGUUGUCAUUUGGAUGCUGGAUUUUUUGCAUGACCAUACAAUAAAGAACAUCAUUACUUUAAAACUA